AUUAUCUCCCAACUAUAAAACAGAUUAUGCCACGUUGCAGUUCAAAUUCAAUAAAUAAGUACAACCAGGAAUUAUUGAACAUUACACAUAAAUUAUACUAGACCAUCCAGUGUCGGCUCCCCGCCCCAUACACAAGGUUACAUGGAUUGACAUUAACAUUCUCAGCAUGUGUUCAGUGGCUGGAGACGGUUGUUUAGGUGCAUUCAGAUGACUGGAGCAACAACAAAAGAGUGGUUUAGGAAGUCGAGUUUUCCCCCGUGUGAUCCCGGGGUAAAGGCACAAGUCCUACACUGGUGACUGUUGAAAAGAUCCACGUCCUUAUCACCUGGACCCUUAGUAUUCCAAUGCGCACAAUUCUGACUUUCAGAUGCAUGCCAAGUCUACAGUGAAUGCUGGAAGUUGCAAUCGCCACAGAUGGAGGGCCAUAUUCAGCAUGGCGGUGGUGGUUCGUUGGCUGUGAUCCAGCAACCCUCUCUUGACAGCAGGCAGAGACUUGAGUAUGAACGGGAACUGCAGCACACCGCCAUUUUGUCCCUUGACCAGAUUAAAGUAAUCAGGACAAGCAACGAGUAUACAGAAGGCCCAGCCACUGCAAAGAAAGCUGGUACCAUUAGUAGUAGCAGAGGCACCCAGCGGCAUGACAAACAUGAAAGGACUCACGAAGUGAUACCGAUCAAUGUGAAUAAUAACUACGAACAUCGAUCCUCUCACCACUCUCAUGUUGGCCACCAUUCCUCAACCAGGAUGCCUGCUUUAAGCAGGUCUACCAGCACGGGUAGUGCAGCUAGUUCAGGGAGUAACAGCAGUGCAUCAUCAGAACAAGGACUUCUGGGACGAUCCCCGCCAACAUGGAUCACGUCCAGCCACAACAGACCGGACCGGACAAUUAGAAUGCAGCCCAAGUCAUCUGCCAGUACAACGGAUGAGUUGAAAUGCUUAGGAAAGGAGGAUUUGGCAAAACAUAGGUUUAUAUGUGAGGAAUGUGGGAAAUGCAAGUGCAGAGAAUGCACAGCACCAAAGACCCUGCCUUCAUGUUUGGCUUGUAACAAACAAUGCCUGUGUUCAGUAGAGAGUACAGUAGAGUAUGGAACAUGUAUGUGCUUGGUAAAGGGAGUCUUCUACCACUGCUCCAAUGACGAUGAGGACUCCUGUGCAGAUAAUCCUUGCUCUUGCACCCAUUCACACUGCUGCUCCAGGUUCUUGUUUAUGGGUUUAAUGUCCUUAUUUAUGCCCUGUUUACUCUGCUACCUUCCAGCCAAAGGUUGCAUCAAACUUUGCCAGGGAUGCUAUGAUCGUUUAAACAGGCCUGGAUGUCGUUGCAAGAAUUCAAAUACUGUGUAUUGUAAACUUAAAAGCUGUCCCACUCAAGGGGAGGAUAAACCCUCUUGAUCCCAGGCAGCAGAACUCUUUAAUACUUUAUUUUAAUCAUUUUGAAAUCCUGCUUGUAUGUUUACCUGCUUCAACCUUGGACUAGAUACCAACAAAAACAUAGCAACCAUUCUAACGAUCCCUUCUACAACAGAAAGAUGGCUGCUGUUUACCAACAUGGCCUAAGAGUUAGAAUGUUGCUAAUAUCUAUAGGUGAAGAGGCACAUCCAUCUCCAUCAGAGGAACAUACCAUUGCUUUCUUGUUUGCAAAUGGCCCCCUUAAUUAGCAAAAUUGAUUAUUACGCAAAGUAAACCUUUAUUUCUCCAAUCAUUAAAAAUGUUAGCAUAAUUGGGAUUAAUCAACCUGAUUGCAAAAGAAGUUUGUUCCAUUUAAUAUAUUGAUGUCACAAUACAAUUCCUGAUUUGAAAAAUAAAACAACUGGGGACAAUCAUUGGUGCUACAAUCAAAAUUCUCUAGGUUGCACCUACCCAGUUGCCAUCAAUUAUCUCUGUUCAACCAAUUUUUUUGUGAACUGUUUGAUAGUGGUACAAUACAUAUCGCUAUUGUUUGUAAAUUUUGCCACAUAAAGCUUCCAUUAAAUGCAAAACUACUCCUGAAAUAUUCUAAAGUACAUAUCAACUAUUUGCAAUUUAGAGCAAGAAAACAAUUGUGAAAAGUUGCGUGGAAUCUACAUUUCUGGAUUACACCUAAACCACUUUAAACCCCCAGCAUAUUGUAUUACAUUACUGGCAGCAAAGAAAUUGUUGGUGUCUUCUUGAUAUUAAAUUUAAGUUUUGGCACAUUGGAAGUUUAAAUGUCAGUACUUGGUAAAUGUAGAUUAUGACCACCUUCUCCCAAGAAUACAGCUUUCUCCAUUCUGUGAUGCACUGAAUUAACAUGCGUUCAGAUAUUUGUGGCGUAGCACAUGGGGCAGGUUCUUAACACAUUUUUACGUGCAGGAAAGCAAGAGUAUCUUAGAUGCUAAAAGAACAUAAUAAUUUCUUUAAUAGGAGAUGAAAAUAUCCUUUAAAUCGCCAUCUAAAUUUCAUGCCAGCGUAAACAACAGAUGCAUUUCAAUUCUGAACAGAGUUGAGCAUGUUAUAAAUGUCUUUGUUUUGGAGGAUACACUGCUUCUAGUUUUAAAUUUCAACUUAACCUGCUUUGUCAAUUGAAUAUGGAAGUUGAUUGAAUAUUGGUGAGUUUUAUACAAAAGAACAAAAUUAUCUUUUGAAAUACAAUAAAUCAAUAUAUGCAUUGACAAAAUGCAGAUAGAAUCUUGAUAUAAAUUCAUUAAUUUUUUUAUUGUGACAUCUAUAAUUAAAUGUUGGGUUGCCUUUAAAAUAAUAGGAUUAUAUUCUGGUUUAUAUGGUCAAUUGUGCCCCAUUGAGCUCUCCAUACUUCAGUCUUGCCAGAUUUUGGCUUUCUUUGUGUAUAUAUUUUAUGUACAAAAAAAAGUUUUGAGAAAUCCCUACUGUUUUUAAAAUUCUCAAAACUUCUUUUGUUGUAAAGAGUAUUUAUUAUGUGAAGCUCUAUUAUAUUAUGGUAUUUAUUUUGAAAAGCUGUCUGAAAUUUUACUCAUUUCUGAAUAUAACAAAUAUCAUUACUUACUGAGAAAAAUUAAGGGUUACACAAAAGAAAAUACAUAUGUUAACUAUAAGGCAGAAAUAUAUAAAUUAAUGAAAAUAUCACCUUGUCCGUUGUCUGAAUCUUAUUUUGGAUUACCAUGCAGUGCCCUGAAAAGUCUGUACUUAGUGUAUUAUUUUUUUCCAAAACUACCUCAAAAUGCAUGGUGUGCUUUUAAGGAGAGCCUACCAUUCGGGAAGUGAGCUAUGAUAACAUAGAAGCCAUUAAAAGUAGAUAUUUGAACCAUUACUCAUUCAAUCAUCUAAACACAGCUUGGUGAAAGCAAUAUUCUGUAAUUAAAAUGCAGAACGUUGGUGCAUUAUUGAGCUCUGCAUAUCAGGUAAAAUCUAGCCUGUUUCCAUUUGUCCUUGAAAUCAGUUGAACUGACUUUCAGAAGCACUUUUGUCAUUACAUUGCAUGUUUGCCACAAAUGGCUGAAAUGAAUUUCUACCCCUUGGUUUCUGAAAAAGUAUGAACUGUCAUCUAUGGAUGAAAAGUGAUGGUGUUGAAUCUGACUGCAUUAAAUUGAGUCUUUUCCAAAUUCUGGAUCAAAAUUUCCCGAAAUAGAACAUGAUGCAGAUCGGUAUGUUAAAAUACUUUGAAUUGGGUAUGUGUUUAACCUGAGUUGAUUAUCAAGCCAAAGAUUUAAAUAAAGAUCGUAUUUUACUUCAGGUACUGGUAAUGAUUCCAACAUGUUAGAACAAGGAUUGUCACUAGAUGGUGUGUAUAAUGUAGUGCCAUAAACCUGCUUUGAAUAAUGUACCAAGAAUAAAUUAAAAUCACACACUGGGUCACUGUGCAAUGUGGUUAGGUGUUUUUCCCAUCCAGUAAAAGACCAUAAAUCACCUGUGUCCUGCGGACAUGUUUCACACUUAUGAAGGAAUAUCAGUGUUACAAACU